GUCCUCUGCGCCGCGGUGUCCCGCACUUCCGGUUUGUUCUGGAGUCGCUCGCGCACGUGUGUGGUGUAAUCCGCUCUGAAUAUAAAGCUGGUUUCAGCUCGGAUCUGGGCGAAAUAAACCGAUCAUGUUCCUGCAGUAUUAUCUGAACGAGAGCGGCGACAGGGUUUACACUCUGAGGAAGCUGGACCCGAGCGGCCAGCCCACCAGCUCGGCGCAUCCCGCCCGCUUCUCACCCGACGACAAGUUCUCCAGACACCGCGUGACCAUCAAGAAACGUUUCGGCCUGCUGCUAACGCAACAACCGCGGCCCGUGCUCUAAAUGACCACCAGCGGACUUUCAUGCAGUUCAGCUACACGUUAUUGUGUGUGUGUGUUUUAUUGAAUAUUGUGUUUUUUUGUUGUUGUUUUUUUUACUAAAAGUAUGGCAUCAUUCAGUUCAGUUUAUUCACUUUGUUAACAUGCGAAUGAAUCUCCAUGUGGAAUAAAAUAAAAUGAGUGAUUUUUA